AUGGAGGCGCUUGUGGAAGGUGGGGAGCAGUUCGUAGAGGAUGCAGAUUCGAUUGAUUACACUAUGGAGGCGCUUACCUCGAGCGGGUACUCCAAAAAGACGGUCGAGAAGGUUGUCAUGGCCAAGUUCACUAUAGAACAGUUCUACACCAACUUCUUUCGUUCGCUCAAGGACCGCAACGACAGGCGCAAGGCGCUCGAUCAGGAGAUGGUGCAAGCGGGCUUGCCCGACGCGAAGAAGGUGAAGAAGAGGCAAAAGCUCGAGCGCGGCUUUAUCAGGAUGCGCCGCCUUCGCCUCUCGCCGCAAGCUUUCCACACGGUGGCUGUCAUCGGUCGUGGCGCCUUUGGAGAGGUUCGUUUGGUCAAGAUGAAGGGCACCGACUACCUGUUCGCCAUGAAGAAGCUCAAGAAAUCGGAGAUGAUCGAGAAGGAGCAGUUGCAAGCGCGCUUACACCGUCUCGCCAUCACGAUCUUGUUUGGUCAGGUCAAGCAUGUGCGCGCCGAACGGGACGCUCUCGUCGACAUUCGCAACCCGUGGGUCGUUGCCCUGCACUAUUCGUUCCAGGACAUGGACUACCUGUACUUGAUCAUGGAGUACGUUCCCGGCGGCGACAUGAUGACCAUCCUCAUGAAGUUUGACACCUUCACCGAGGAGCAGACCAAGCACGUCCGCCUCGCUCUUGGAUUCUACAUUGCCGAGACCGUGCUGGCCAUUGAGUCGAUCCACAAGAUGGGGUACAUCCACCGGGACAUCAAGCCCGACAACCUCCUGCUGGACAACAACGGACACAUCAAGCUGAGCGACUUUGGUCUCUGCACGGGUCUGCAGACAACGCGAUUCAAGUCGCUCUACAACAGGCUCAUUGGCGAAACGACUGAACUCAAGAAGACCGACACCCUGCGCAAGUCACGGAGGGAGAAGAUGAACACGUGGAAAGAGAAGAGGCGAGGCGGAUGCAUCUCUUCGAUGGUGGGCACGCCAGAUUACAUCGCGCCCGAAGUGUUCCUUCAGAGCUACGGCCAGGAGUGCGACUGGUGGUCCGUGGGCGUCAUCAUGUUCGAGAUGCUCUGCGGCUACCCGCCCUUCUGUUCGGACACUCCGUCGGACACCUAUCGUAAGAUCAUGAACUGGGAGGAUACCCUCCAGUUCCCCGAGGAGGUCGAUCUCAGCGACGAAGCUCAGGACCUCAUCAUCAAUCUCUGUUGCGAACAGUCCAAACGUCUGAAGGUGGAACAGAUCAAGCAGCAUCCGUUCUUUGAUGGCGUGGAUUGGGACGCGCUGAGAAGCCUUCACGCGGCCCCAUUCGUUCCCAGGAUCGAUCACCCCGAGGACGUGUCCAACUUCGACAAGUUCGACGAACUGCUAGAGGAGGACAGCGAGGGGCGUUCGUUUACGAACAAGGUGUAUUCGCACAAGGACCUGUUCUGGUACGGGUGGACCUACAAGAACGAGGACGCCAUGCACAUGUUCGACGGCAAGAACGGCAGGAAGUGA